AUGCUCCCUAAAGUUGCUCAGAAAUGUAAGCCAUAUAUUCGGAUAACAGCCAUAGAUGUUGAGCUAGACCAGAUAAUCUUUACUGUCCUCUUUCUAGACGAUUAUCCAGCAUUGCAUCCGCCCUUGAGGAACCAGGGACAUCUAACAAGUCAUUUCUUUAAUUUUCUCCUACAUGUUUCUCCAAAAAUACUGAAAUCAACAUUUCUCCAAGAGCACUGGAAGAGCCAAGUCAUGGAUACUGAGCUAGACCAGGUCCUCUGCACUAUCCUCUCUCUAGAAGAAGACAAUCCAGCAUUGUCUCCACCCCUGAGGAGCCAGGAACAUCUGACAAGUAACUUAUUUAAUAUUAGUGAAUUUAUUUCACAGAAAGAGACGCAGGAGAAGCUUCAUCACUCCACUAUUCUACAACAGACAGUAUGUGAAUUAUAUUCUAUUUUAGGAAUCCGUGAUGAAUCCCAAACUGGGAAGUACAUGGGACAGAGCAUAAGAGACAGGACAAUUCCUGAGACUAACAAAGAAAACCAAAUUAAGAAGCUGCUCAAAAGAAAAAGUUCUGAUGAUGGCCAAUAUGGAUGCAAGAAGCCCAAAAUAGUGAUUGAUAACUUUCAGACAGUAUCUUCCAGUGCUCGAUCCAGAAAGAAAACCGUCUACAGCAAUGAGCAGAUCAAGUUUCUUCAGAACCAGUUUGACUGUAAUCCUUAUCCAGAUUUUGUGAAAAGAUGUCGUAUUUCUCAGAUCACAGGAAUCCCCGAACCAAUGAUACAGGUUUGGUUCCAGAACAGAAGAGCAAGAUACCUUCCAAGAAGCAGCCAAAUCCCGGAAAAGAAGAAAUCUACAACACAAAUCCCUCCUUGUGGUCGUGAGAAGCUUCUGUUCACCUCCCCCGAGGACAUAUGGCUAUUCUGAGAUAUUGUAUCAAUAAGGACCUCAGUAUUUUAUUUAUAGUAUAUCUAUUAUG